AAACUUUUUGUUGAUGCAAAUCAAACAAAAAAAAAAAAACAAAUUUUUUAUAGUGCUUAUAUAUAUUUUAUAUUACUUCGCUGGUGCAUUGGUUUCAUAUAUAAGUGAUAAUGUUUUUGGACAAGUCGAAGAAAAGGCAGUGGAAUAGCAUACUGGAAGAGUAUGUAAGACAGACGGAGCAGGAUCAAGGAACGACGUCGGCACAGGUCAAGAAUGAGCUGGAGGGUUCCAACAAAUUGCUGACCCCCAACUGGUAUUGGUAUCGUUAUAUAGAUGAACAGAUCGUCCCGCUCCAGAUGAGCAGUAGUUUGGUGCAGGUCGCCGAAUCCAAUUUGUUAUCGCCAAUCUCCAAUUUGAGGUCAAAGCUUUGUAUUUCGGUAAGCAGUGGGCUUGAUGUCGCCAGCAUGGCGAGCAGCGAGAGUAUCAAAUGUCCUCCGCCACCGGUAAUGUUUCCGAAAAGAGUUGAUUCCGAUUUCUCCGUCGUUUUGACCAUUUCACGACAAAGACGCUUUCGAAAUAAAUACAGUUCCAUUCGCGUCGCUCCGCUAGGUGCGGAAUCUAUCCAACCUAGCCCUGACGGGGAUCCCAUCCUACGAGCCGGUGGCACUUUCCGCGACUAUGAGGUUAUCUGGAGGCCGAUGAGCGCCAAAUUGGACGAAUCCUGGGCGGAGAACAUUUUAAGGAGUCACACAGGUCAGAUGAGUAAUAAUGAAAUCAUGUGGAAGGCGAUAAGGAUGUGCUGGUUCGACGACCUGGAGAUCCAGAUUGAGUCGCGGUUCCUUUUCGUGAGCCGUGUUGUGUUCACCCAUUUUGCCAGAAAUUUUCGCAAAUUGUCGAGUCCAUUUUUGCAAAUACCAGUGCAAAGAAUCGAAAUGGCCAUUUUAGCCCGCAUCUACGAAUGGAUGCUGGACGAGGAAGAAAGCUUCCUCGUUAACCAGAAUCUGUUAGCGUUCUACGCCGCAGCCUAUUGCUUGGGCGUGAAGCCGCUGAUGAAACAGGCCUGGAACAUCAUUUCGUCGAAUGAAGACUACGACAUUUGGGAGAUAAAUGCCUUUCGAACGUAUAUCAUGGCCAGGGAUUUCCGCUGCCAGGACAUCAUGGUUGCAAUGCUGUCGCGGUUGCGAAGGAGUUUUUUGCCAAUUGUGGCAUCCUGGGAGUUUCUCGAGUUCGAUGUCAAUGAAGUGACCUCUCUGCUGGAACAGGACAUGCUGUGUGUCAACAGUGAGGACGAGAUAUUCUUCGCCGCCUUCCACUGGCUGGAUUACUCCUGGGCGGAGCGCAAGAAGUUCGCGGCCAUGGUGAUGCAAAAAGUCCGCUUUUCACUCGUGUCACCCUGGUUGCGUCGAUCCAUUUGCAACGUGCCGGAAAACGAUCGCAUCGGCGAGAUUGCCCAAAUACCAGAGAUUUGCUCCUUGAUUUGGGAGGGCACACUGUUGUGUCAGGCGAUCAUUGCCCUUGGAGAACCGGAAUGUCGAAAGUCGGCGACCGUUCGUCGUAUGCUAAAAGACUUCGAAGAGAAAACGGUCAAUGAGCGGAAUUGGGUGUUCUGCGAGGGACUUCCGCACCAUCAUGAUAGGAAAUGCGCGCGAUAUCGGGAGCUGACCUAUGAAAGCUUCAAGAGAUUCCUGCACCGUCUGCACAACCAAUCAGUUAUCUUUAUGGAUAACCUGCAGUUAGUGCCUAAUAGGAUCACUAACACUUACUGCUGCUGCAUAGACGUCAAAUUCUGUCCUGAUGAUGAACGAACCUGCCCCAUGCCGCCCUUCUACAGGGAGCAUUUGGCCCAUGACAAGAAAUGUCCCCCUUUCUGCAGUUCUGGUUAAUGAAAUUCAACUUUAUAAUGAUUACAGGUUGCAAAAAUUUGAAUUCGAUGUAUUUAAAUGAAAAGAUAUAACAAUAUGCUGGU